ACCGCCCACAGUGCUUCCCGGCCAGGCCACAGCGCCAGUGAGCCGGCUUCCGCACGAUGGGUCGGCUGGUGCUUCUGACUUUGCUGGGUAUAGCUCUGGCGCUCCUGGGCGAAAGGUUCUUGGCGCUCAGAAGUCGACUUAAAACCUCCAGAGAAGUAGAAUCCAUAGACCUUCCAAACUGCCAUCUGAUUAAAGGAAUUGAAGCUGGCUCUGAAGAUAUUGACAUACUUCCCAAUGGUCUGGCUUUCUUUAGUGUGGGUCUGAAAUAUCCAGGACUCCACAGCUUCGCUCCAGAUAAGCCUGGAGGGAUACUGAUGAUGGAUCUAAAAGAAGAAAAUCCGAGAGCACUGGAAUUGAGAAUUAGUCGUGGGUUUAAUUUGGCUUCAUUUAAUCCGCAUGGUAUCAGCACUUUUAUAGACAGUGAUGACACGGUUUAUCUCUUUGUUGUAAACCAUCCAGAAUUCAAGAACACAGUGGAAAUUUUUAAAUUUGAAGAAGAAGAAAAUUCUCUUUUGCAUCUAAAAACAAUCAGGCAUGAACUUCUUCCAAGUGUGAAUGAUAUUAUAGCUGUUGGACCAUCACAUUUCUAUGCCACCAAUGACCACUAUUUCUCUGAUACAUUCUUGAAAUAUCUGGAAACAUUUUUGAACUUACACUGGGCAAAUGUUGUUUACUACAGUCCAAAUGAAGUGAAAGUGGUAGCAGAAGGAUUUGAUAAAGCAAAUGGAAUCAAUAUUUCACCUGACAAAAAGUACAUAUAUGUCGCUGAUAUACUCGCUCAUGAAAUUCAGAUUUUCGAAAAGCACCCUAAUAUGAAUUUAACUCAAUUGAAGGUACUCAAGUUGGAUACACUGGUGAAUAAUUUAUCUAUUGAUCCUUCUUCUGGGGAUAUCUUAGUAGGCUGUCAUCCUAAUGGCCAGAAGGUCUUCGUUUAUGACCCGAACAAUCCUCCUUCAUCAGAGGUUCUUCGUAUCCAGAAUAUUCUAUCUGAGAAACCUACAGUGACAACAGUUUAUAUUAACAAUGGAUCUGUUCUCCAGGGAAGUUCUGUGGCUUCAGUAUUUAAUAAGAAAUUGCUCAUAGGCACUUUAUACCAUAGAGCCCUCUAUUGUGAACUCUAACUUGUAUUUUUGGAGUGCAAGUGUGCUAACUAAUCUUAACAAAUAAUAUUCUAUGAUUUUUUUUUAAUUCUAAGGAUGUAACAAGCAAAGCUGACUUAGUAAUGUAUGCCAUGAAUAGUUGAUUUUGAGCAAAGAACGGUCCUUUUAGGUCUUACAGCACCUCUAACACAAACAGGAAAUUUUAGGUUUUUAAAAAAAUGCUAAGUAGGGAGUCGGGCGGUGGCACAGCGGGUUAAGCGCAAAUGGCACAAAGCGCAAGGACCGGCAUAAGGAUCCGGGUUCGAGCCCCUGGCUCCCCUCCUGCAGGGGAGUCACUUCACAAGCGGUGAAGCAAGUCUGCAGGUGUCUAUUUUUCUCUCCCCCUCUCUGUCUUCCCCUCUUCUCUCUAUUUCUGUCUCUCCUGUCCAACACCAAUGACAUCAAUAACCACAACAAUAUUAAACAACAAGGGCAACAAAAGGGAAAAUAAAUAAAUUAAUUAAUUAAUUAAAUAAAAAUAAAUAAAAUAAAAAAAUGCUAAGUAGUGGGGAAAAGAAAGCUGUUUCCGUAAAGUGAGUAUACUUUGCACAAAAUAAACUUCACUUCUGCUUUUCACCUGACAGAGUGUGAAUGCCACUGAAAGAGGGUGGGUUGUGUUUCCUUAAAAUGUGAGUAACCUCAGUUUCAGUGAUGGAACCACUGUGAUGACUGUUCAGAUCUACUGAUAAAUAUGUUUUGAUGUGUUAUACCUGGACAUCUGUUUACUAUUAAAAGUUGGAGUUAUAUUAAAGAGUAACUAAAAUCCA